UUCCAACUGCUCCAACAAUAAUAAUUGUGGACAAGCGCCUUUUCGACUUGAGCAAAUUUUCCAGACAAGACCCAGUUCAGAGGAGUCUGCUGGCGAAUUUACUUCGGGGUCCCCGGUUCGCGUGAGACCCAAUUUUUCGUUUUGGACAAGAAAAUUUUCUUUUUUAAGAAAAUUUCCUUUGUGGCAGUUUCUUUUCAAGGUGGAAAUUCUGUGUGUUCAGCUUCCAAGUCCUUGGAGCAAAAGGUCUGAAAAGUUAAAGUUUAGCUGAAUUUUUAAGGAUCGAGUUUUCCUAUGAAUUUGGGCUCCGGGUAACAUUUGCAAGGACACGGUCGUGAGGCUUGUACAAGUGUUCAUUUGUAAAUGCGUAUCUUGUUGUUGUUUUCCCGGAAAAGGUUCCUUAAUUCCGGAGCGAAGUCUGUCUCGAUGGUUGCAUUCUUCUUAGUGUGACUGGCAUAUUAGAGGCUUGCAGGAAUCUUCCUUUCAACCAGUCAAAUUAUUCUACGUCAAAACUGUUGAAAAGUCUUUUUUUUCCGUUUUGCAACGAUGCUUCCCCAAAGUUGUUGUUUUUGGGGAGCGGCUGGCAAAUAGAACGGACGAGUCGGGAGAAAGUUUGUGUGUGUGUUGCUUACAUGGUGGUAUCAAUGUGACCAUUUCGCAAGAAAGUGAGUCAGCAGGAACCUCUGCUCGUCGUCGCAGUUGAACGUUUUUUCGGAUAAUUCUAAUUGAAUUUUGAAUUUAGAAGAUUACAUCGGAAAUUUUUGUGUAAUUUUUAAUUUUAUCAAGCUUUAAUCUGUUGGCAGUAUCACGGGUAAACGGAAAGUUCUGAGAGUGUUCGUGUUGGAAAGAGUUUCCAGUGGCCGCGGCUCAGUGUGGAUCCGGUCGUUUGGUUCGCCAAGUGGUGAUUUAGACGAAAAGUGCCUCGCGUACUGACCGCCAAGACGUGACCCAUUUAAAAGGCAGUUCAUCUCAAAGCUAGUCACGGUGGAUGGUGUGAAAAUAAAAGGCCUCGGAUAUAAAAGCCACUGGAUUGACUGAAUCGCAUGUGGGAGUGACGUCGAGAUGGGCCAGGGGCUCGAACCGAAACGAACAGAUAUCCCUCUGUACCGGUCGCAGCCCCAGCUACCGUCUCAUUUCUUCAUCUUCGAGCAAUCGAAGAGAAAAAAAUUGUUGACUUGGUUUUCUACAACGAGAAGGAAUUUUGAAGAAAUGAAGACUAUGAAUAUUUAUAAAAUCAAAAACAUAAUAAUGGAGUUCGGUUAGGUUAUAUUAUAAAAUUGUUCGUGCCUAUUCAGGCACAUUAAUUUACUGUUCUGUCCCGGUGGCCAUGGAGCCGCCUGGCGGGAUUCCGCCAGACAGAGAUAAAUUUCCUGUAGUCCAUCAGCAACCAAACGCGACUACGUCAACACCUCAACACGUGGCACAACAGCCACCGCACCAUCAUCAACAGCACCAUCACCAGCCGCAGCAGCAACACCAGCAACUACAGCAGCACCCGGCAUCGCAUCAACAAUUACACCAUCACUAUCAACACCAGCCACAGCAGCAGAAUUCAUCGUUGAUUGGCGUAUCAACAGCAGCAGGCCAACAGGCACUCGAGCGACUUUCCAGACCGAUGGCAUUUGAUAAGAUGGAAGCCUUGGUUCGUGAAAUGCAAGACCCGGAGAAUGGGGUGCCAGUCCGGCAGCAGAAAAUGUUCUUAACAUCAAUUCCCUACGCUUUUAUGGGUAAGUUGUUCAGCAAGUGGAUUCCAAGAAGGGCCUCAUUAUUGCCUCCUUUCACAGGUUAUGAUUUAAUAGAAUGGCUCAUGGAUCGUCUGUCUAUCGAAGAGUCCGAAGCGCUCAGUAUAGCUAAUCAAUUGUGUUUGCAUGGCUACUUCUUUCCCGUGAACGAUACUAAAACUCUUACUGUCAAGGACGACUCCUCGCUCUAUCGCUUCCAGACACCUUAUUAUUGGCCCUGGCAACAUAAGGCACCUGACAAUGUUGAAUACGCAAUCUACUUAGCGAAACGUUCUCUACGAAAUAAACAACGACAUGGGCUCGAGGACUACGAAAGCGACGCCUUGGCCAGUCUGCACAAAAAUCUUAAAGGCAAAUGGGAUUUCAUCUCAAUGCAAGCCGAAGAGCAGGUGAGGCUGGCCAAGGAGAGAAAGAAGGGCGACAAGAUUGUUGGUGAUUCUCAGGAACGAGCCUACUGGCGUGUACACCGUCCACCACCCAACCAAUUUACACCCCUCGAACCAUGUCCUGUUCCGUCACGUGAUCGUCAAGGGAUUAAGCCCAAGAAACGUACCGUCGAGGAUUGGCAACGUGAAGUUGACUACUUGAAAAAAUCAUUGGCUCGUACCCGAAUGAAAAUGUCACAAGCCUGCGAGAGCCUUUGUAACUAUUGGGAAACCUUCUCCGAAUAUGAUUUCUUCCUUCAUCCAGCAUUGCCAUCGAAUCCUUGGGUUUCCGAGGACACGACAUUCUGGCAAUUGAAUAGUGCCAUUGUUGAUUUGCCAACAGAGAAACGGAUUAAAAGAUGGGCAAUUUCAAUUGAGGAGCUCGUAUCCGACCCAACGGGAAUACAAGAGUUUACGACGUUUUUAGAGAAGGAAUAUUCACAUGAGAAUAUUAGAUUUUGGAUUGCGGUUAAUAGGCUCAGACGGAGUGCACAUUCACAAGUGGCGAAAAAAGUUAAUGAGAUUUAUGAGGAAUUCUUGAAACCAGGAGCACCAUGCGAGAUCAACAUCGAUGGGAAAACAAUGGAAAUUGUUCAGCGUGGUCUCAAGAAUCCUUCACGUUUCACAUUCGAUGCGGCUGCCGAGCAUAUUUACAUGUUACUUCUUAAAAAGGAUUGUUAUCCACGAUUCAUUCGUUCCGACCACUACAAGUCCCUUCUUGAACGUGGCAUUCAGCCAGCCCACAAAAAGCGUUUCUUCGGUUUUGGUGGGGUAGCGAAAAAGAAGAGUUCCACCGCGGCUCCACCAAAUCCGGCAUUACUUGCACAAACACCAGGAAUUGCAAGCGUUCCCCAACCGGGUACUCUGUCCCGAAGACGAGGAAGCGAUCGAAGUUUAACAGGAUCCGCCCAUGAACUAGCCAUUACCAGUGUUAAGGAGGUAUCCAGUAAAGUGCCACAUUCUCAUAGCCAGAAUAAUUUGAAUGAAACACAAUACAGUGUAACCGUAUACAGGGGCGACAUGCCGACAGAAGGGUUGACUAUGGAUGUCGACAUGAGAGAGCCAUCCACAUCUGGAAGAGAUGAUGCACUCGCUCAAAAAUACAUUCAGACAAUUAACAGGGAACCACCACCGGUUGGAAUGAAAGCGGCUCGCACUGAACGACUUGAGUCUACAAGUGAUGCUGGAGCUUGCGCCGUGUGUCCUUGGGAUGUACCACAAUCAUCCGUUGAAAGUGCAGUCAUGCUGUCCGUUUGUCCUUGGGACGAGACUCAACCUACGAAACAGCCGGUUGAACCAAAGAAUGCCAACAGCGACAUAACUGAGGUAUCAGAACGAAUGCGUCGAUCCUGUGGUCUCAGGCAAAACACUGUCGAUAGUGAUUACAGUUCGAAACGUUUAACACCUCAUGUUACCGAACAAAGACGUGCUUCCAUGACAAUGGCUCCUAGAAUAUCAGAGUUCCAAUUCGCUCGGCAAUCCUUGACAUCAACAACUCCAUCGCCUACAGCCUUUCCGCUUCCCGGGGAACGAUCUCCUCUGCAACAUCAACCUGCUUCGAAAAAAUCCAGCAUCGAAAUGCAGGAGGAGAGUAACAGCAUGGUGAUCAGUGAAGAGCCUGUAGUUUUGCCAGUGUCAAGUGAAACUUGUGAUGAAUCAAUAUCCGGUGCACCCCCAACAAUUGUUGAAGUUGAAGAUGUGGAAAAGUGCGCGUCAAGUGAAGAUAUUAAGUUCAAAGAGCUCACAUCACGAAACGAGGGAACUACCGAUGAGAACACUAUGAACACUAGUAAUAUCGACAAAAGUGCUGACGGUGAUAAAACGACAAGUUUAAGUCCGGCCGUAGUUAUGCAAAGUGAAUUUACCUCCACUAGCACCCAAGGACAACCUCCUAUUAUAAAUGUGUGUCCAGUUGGUGAAUCCGAAGAUGAUCCCACUGAUCUGGAAGCUGACGAAGCAGCCUUUGCCAAAGAAUCUCCUGCAAAUGAGCCUGGAGCCGAGCAUCGCAUCCAGAAACAAUCCCGCCUUUCCUUAGGCUUGGGCGACUCACAGGACGAUAAUGUUCCACAAGAAGAGCUUUCUCCCACCACCGAAGAGUACCAGGAAGCUCGGUUCGGAGAAAAUAUUGACGAGUAUUCAUACACAAUUGAAGACGUCGAAGCCAACCUGACGCCUGGAUGUGUUGCACCCGCACCAACGCCUGCUCCUUCAUUAGCACCGCUGGCUGAAAUUGAACCCGACCAGGUUGAUGAAGAACCCGAAUCGAUGGAACCGAUUAAGUCGGAAGCGGAAGAGCCAAAGAAACGGCGCAAGAAACGGGAUUCGAACGCAAAGAAGUUGGAUGUUACUAAGGAAGAAGAUGGCGGAGGAGGAGGAAUGGCGACACAAUCUAAGGAAGGUGAGACCGACCGUAAUACUGUUUGUCCAUGGGAAGACGAGUAAGUUUUUCAAAGAAAUUUAACUACAGCGUCGGAUGGAACUUUCGUCAAAACUUAUGCAACGCUUGGUUAUCUAUAAAACAAUGGUGAUAUAUGUAAAUGAAAACUAAAACAUUUAAGAAAAACAAAAAUUAAAAUUCUUGAAAGAAACUAAACAGACUAAAACCAUUUGAACACAUAAAAUACUUCUCCUGUGUGACAAAAGGAACUGUUAUUUAAUUUAAAUUAAUUCUAAUAUUUAAGGAGUAAAGCGAUAAUGUGAGCGAAAAAUGGGAAAAAUCAAAAUAAAAAAAUGAUAAUAAAUUAUGAAAAUUACACGCACGAACAAAGGGUAUCGUUAGACAUUUACGAAAUGACCUCCCGCUAUGAAAAAGAAAAUUCAAAAGAGAAAAAUUAAAGAUUAAAUUUAACUUUAAAUACUUCAUCUACUACUACUACUGCUGUACUUGCUUACUGUUGAAGUAAAAUGAAAAUUUAAAGAAUCCUAGAAAUGAUGAAUAAUAGAAAAUACUUCAAUGUGGGUGGAAGGCAAAACUAGAUUUGAAUUAGAAAACUUAAAGAUGCAAGAAGUGAUAAUGAUUUGGAACUGUUGGAAAGUAAGAUGAUAAGAGCCUUUUUUAAUGGGAAAUUUAAAAGUAAUUUGGAACGUUUAGGAUCUGUAAUUGCUGAAAAUUAUAUAUGUUAAAGGGAAACAUGAAAGAUAAAGAUGACUUUUCGGAUCUAUUUCCUUAUUGAAGCCAAACCAAAUCCAACAGGAUAACAACAAUUCUAUAUGGAGUAUUUCCCUCAGAGUGUCCUCAAAUUUCAAUCUUGGACAUAUCCUAACACACUUCGAAGUUUAGUGUCUAUUUUAUACUGACCAAUGUCCAGCGUAUUACCAUUUACGACUAUUGGUUGAACAAAUGUCACCAACAAAGCUUGGUAGUACAGUUCCUCAAAACUAUUUGAUAUGCUAAAGUUUCACAUUCUAUUUGUUCGAUAUUUUGCUUCGGCAGCAUAGACAGUUUCGAUGUUGAUGGAAAAUAUUUAAGUAUAAUAGUUCUCCACUCGAAACAACUAAACAGGAGUCAUUCUACUGACAGUUUGAUAUAUAAAUAGUCACGUAUGGCACAACGGUAUGAUCGCCCUUCUCGAGUAUGCAGGAACGGCACUCCCCAACGGGUUCAUCGGAGACUGAUAAUUAAUGACGUCAUUCUUCAAAUUCCUGCACGACUUCUCGAUACACGUACACUUUUCCCCAAUAUUCGCCAAUAAAUAACCCCACCAACUUAUUGGCCAUCCUGGGAUAUUAAAUUCAACAAUAAGGAGUGGAAUUAUCCUCCCUCUUCCCAUUAGUAUGACCUAUCUACUGCCCACUCUGACUUUUAAUCGACGUUUCCACGGACAUGUGCUUAGAUGCCGGCUUAGUACUUCGUUCGACAUUGUUUCACACCAAAUUAUUGUACUCGAACGACAUAUUACAGGCAAGGGUUGAUUGCGCUUGGAAUCCAAAAAGAGUUCUAUGUUACAGAGUUAUAUGUCCAGGAUGGAAAUUUGGAUUGGAUGUAGCCAAAGUGUUAAUUCAUCUUCUUCCAAAAAAAGGAUAGACGGUUAUGCUACUGGAAAGGUAUGUCUCCUGGUAUCUUCCAAAAGAUGAUUCAGCAGAUUCUUCCAGGAUUUUGCACUUCAGAAGGUCAUGCCAUGGAAAAGCUAGUCGUGUUAUUUAAAUGUCAUAUUGAAUGUUGGAUAAAAAUUUCAAAGCUUUUCACAGUCACUUUGGUGUUUUCUGGUCUAACAAAAGAUAAUUUAGCGUAAGUAAUGCAAAUCUGAAUUUUUGUUAGACAAAUUACUUGGUUGUCUGUCCGCCUGGCUUAGAGAAAGAAUUUUUUGGCAUCACUCACAUGGAACGUUAUGGAUUAGCAUUCAGUUAGUUCCGGAUAACUGAGUGAUAUCCGGAUAGCUGAGUGGUUAGAGCGCUAGGCUGUCGUAAGGAAGGUCGCGGUUCAAAUCUCACUGGUGACAGUGGAAUUUGUAUCGUGAUUUGACGUCG